CCUGGCCUCUCUCCAUCAUGCCUCUGGAGCGGGUCCCCCAGGAUUUGGCGUCUAUCAUGCUCGUGCCUAUAUGCACUUGAUCAUGGCCCUCCUCACCACCUGAUUUCUUCCCUCUUGUUCCGCAAGGCUCUGUGUAGUUCGACACUUCCGUUCCUUCGUCGUGGACGCAUCAGUUCGUCCUUUGCGCUCUUUUCCCUCCCACUACCGCGCCACUCCUUUCGCGGGCAUUCGUUUAUACAACAACCCCAAAUACUAAAAAAAAUUCACACCCAGUAAAGGACUAAGCCAGCGUUCCAACGUUUUGGGCAAAUCAAAGAUUUCGCAGUUAUGAGAGCCGUCACAUUCGCCGCUGCUGGUGCAGCCGUCAUCGUUUCGGUCAAUGCUGCCAGCCAUGCCAAACACAUGCAUGCGAAGCUGCACGCUCGCGACACUUGGGCCGACUGGGAUUCCACCAGCUCUUCGGUAGAGGUUGAGCCUGUCACGAGCACCAAAGGAAAUGGAGGAUGGACCGAGCCAAGCAAAAGCAGCACCCCCGUCGCUCCUACUACCACAACCUCGUCUCAGGGAGGCUGGCCAAAGACGACCACGACAUCCAGCGAAUCCGUCUCUCCCUCCACGACUGACAGCGAGGAUUCAUGGGCCGACUGGGAGUCGUCGACCAGCUCUAGCAAGCCCGUCGACCCCACCACCACCGCUACCACCACUUCCACCGAAGAAGGAUCCUGGCUGAACUGGGCUUCAAGCUCCACAUCUGACACGCCGGUUGAACUCACAUCUACAACCAGCGCCGAUGAGCCAUGGCUCGACUGGACAUCAUCCACUUCUAGUGUCCCAAGUGUCCCCGCGACCUCGACCGACGAGAAUACAUGGGCGGAUUGGGAGACCACUGUCCCCGUUGACCCCGUCCCAACCACCACUGUUGAUCCCGAUCAAACCUGGGGUGACUGGUCCGAGCCCACACUGACCAUCACCCUUAAAUCUACCAUCACCGAAACCAUCUGGGUCCGUCCAGUGGAAAGCACAGAUGCUGCCUCCUGGGAAGAUUGGAAAGCUGUCACCUCUGUCCCUGCAGAGCCUACCACCUCUGUCCCUGCGGAGCCUACUACCUCUGCCCCAGUCAUCAGCGUCAUCACGUCCACCAUUGUUCCAGGCUGGUCCUCGGCUGGGUGGUUUGGUCCUGCGUGGGAUGUCCCUGCCGGAGAAUGCGCUGUUUCUAUCAUCACUUCUUACGGUCUUCCGACAUGGAACCCCGUUCCGGAUGCGUCCACCACAGAAUCCCAGACUUGGGCUGAUUGGGAAUCAGCGACCAGCAGUGUCCCUGCUGAAGAAACCACAACAGAGACCUCAGCAACAUGGGCCGAUUGGGAAUCCACCACCAGCAGUGUUCCUGCCGCAGAUACCACCACAGAGUCAGCAACAUGGGCCGACUGGGAAUCUACAACCAGCAGUGUUCCAGUCGAAGAGACGACAACAGAGUCAGCAACAUGGGCCGACUGGGAAUCCACAACCAGUGUCCCUGCUGAGCCCACCUCCUCUGCAGCAGAAUCAGACUGGCUCGAUUGGACGACUAGCACAGAGUCAUCAGCGGCACCUACCGGAGGCUGGGGUGAUAAAUCUACCGCCAGCUCGUCUGUUGUCGUUGAGACCUCUCAUACAGGAUCGUGGCCAGCACCUACCGGCAACUACGCUGGCAUCACCCCCAAUGGCAACUCUUGGGGUCUGACCUAUUCUCCCUACACCGCCCAAAGUGGAUGCAAGGACGCUGCUACCGUUGCCAAGGAUCUCGCCAUCAUUGCAUCCAAAGGAUUCACCACUGUCCGUGUCUACAGCACCGACUGCGGCACCUUGGAGAACAUUGGCAAGUCAGCUGCUGACAAUGGUCUCAAGCUCAUCAUCGGUGUCUGGGUCGACUCUGAGGGUUUUGGAGCUGCCAAAUCCCAAGUGGAUGAAAUCGUCGCAUGGGCGAAAUGGGACAUCGUUGAGUUGAUUGUGGUUGGAAAUGAAGUUAUCUUCAACAACAUCGCCUCAGCAUCAGACCUGGCCAACUUUGUUUCUCAGAGCAAGUGGGCAUUCCGAUCCGCCGGAUAUGAAGGCCCAGUCACCACCACUGAACCACUGACCGUCUGGGGUGACAAGACGAACUCUGAUGCUUUGGCUUCUGUCAUGGAUGUCGUUGGUGCUAACCUCUACGCUUUUUUCAACGCCCAGAUCUCGGCCGACAAAGCUGGCGGGUUUAUCCAGGCCCAGAUCAACGAACUCAACGGCAUAUUCUCUGGCAAAUCCAUCUAUGUCCUGGAAUCCGGAUGGCCCCAUGCCGGCGAAGCCAACGGUGCCGCUGUUCCUAGCCCAGAGAACCAGGUUGUUGCGCUCAAAGGUAUUCAAGCUGCUGUAGGCGCUCAGGUUGUCUUCCUGAGCUACGAAGAUGAGCCAUGGAAAGAGCCCGGUGAAUUUGGCGUGGAGCGUUUCUGGGGCUGCGUCAAUGUUUUUUAAGCUGAAUGUGGAGUAAAGUUUUUGAUUCGUAAAGAGCUUCGACAUAGCGCCGAGGAGCUGCCCGCCCUGUCAUUUUCUCUGGACACGUCAAGGCAAGGUCUACCUCGUUGAAUGGUCAAUGCAUGGCGUGAACCCAAGCAGAACGACAAUCAAGGCAUGUCAGCUGCUGGGCGGCACAUGGCGAUACUCUCCUUUGUUGAAUUUGCGGUGGACUGGUUGAAGCAUGCAAAAAGACAUUGCAUAUGGCGACAAAGACGCACACGGUCUGGGUCAAGAAUGUACAGUAGUAGGUAGAAUGAUGCCACUGGAAAACCCUCUCAUGAUGGAUCGGGAGCAUUUCUUCAAGGUUACAUCAGUCAAACUGAAAUUGACCUGCAAUGUCCCUACAUUGAAUCAGUGAGAUAGAUUUGUCCGCUGCUCUUGGAGAUGAUGUGGACUUCGAAAGCCCCCGUUGAGCCACUGUCAAGUCAAGGUUUUCUGGCACCCGCCGUGGAGUCGGACCUCAACUUUCAAGGACUGACGUUUAAAAUUGCGAGAUUCCCGGAAGAUCACCAGACCGAACAAUGGCCACUCAACCCAAUCACGACGUGCCUAACCUUGUUUGUGA